AUGGGGAAGUCCAACAGCAAACUAAAGCCUGAGGUGGUGGAGGAGCUGACUAGGAAAACCUACUGUAAGUACAGUACCCUCUUUCUAUGUCUUUAGAGACUAUUUUCAUAUAUGUUUUAUUCCCUUCCUUUCUAUUCAUUUUCCACUGGUCUGUGUCUUGAUAUAACAAACCAAUUUUUCCUCUUUUUUAACACUUAUCUUUUUAUACUUUCUUAUUCCCUCUCCAACAGCCUCUGUUAUGUGCUGUCUUUGAUGGCCCACUUCUAAAAAUCAUUAACAUUUGAUUGUAUUGAAUAUAUCUGUUGCUACAGAAGAGGAUGCCUUGAAAUGAAUCUAGCAUUUUACAAUAGAGCCUUAGGUAAAAUGACAUAACUUACCCGUUGGUUGCGAUCCUCGACUUUAAAGCAGGCUAUCAGCACUCUGUUGUUGAGAGACAGCCAUGUGAUCACCAGGUAAGGUGCUUUGUCCAAGUCUUGGAUAGUGAUUCAUUGUAUGCAAAAGCCAAGUAAAUAGAAGAGCUGAAGAGAGCUGUGUGGGCCCAAAAUGGCAUAGAGAAAGACACAUUUGUAAUGGCGAUCCUAUGGUGGGAGACAAUUAUGCGACUUUCCUUUGCUAUGUAAGCUUUUCAGCUACUCCUACCAAAUCAAAUCAAAUUGUAUUUGUCACAUGCGCCGAAUACAACAGGUGUAGACCUUACCGUGAAAUGCUUACUUACAGCCCUUAACCAACAAUGCAGUUGGACAUUAGGUUGUUAACGAGCAAAUCUCAAAUACCCCAACUGAAGAGAGACUUAUUGAAAUCAUAUAUAUUGAAUAUCUGAAAAGUAUUUCAGUGUAUUACACUGUUGUAAAUUGGUUGUACAGCCUUUGGAAUGCGGGAAGGUGAUAGCCAUUUGGCAAUGGGGUUUGAAGACAUGGACAGAGCAACCAUUGUAAAUCUUCCUCUCAGAUUGAAUGGCUUUCCCUCAGGAGUGCUAAUGCACGUUAGAGACUGAGUAGUCACUCGAAAUCCGUUUAGCGCUUGAUGCAAUACUUCUGGUGAAGCCAUGCUCCAGAACAAUGUCGACCAAAUAAUAUGUUGCACUAAAUCAGAGUAGGCUAAAAUGUAAUCAAGUAAAGCAAUAACUAAAUAGCUGUAUCUGUCCUUUUGAGAAACCGUUACAGGCAAUACGUCUACAUGGUGUCAGCGAAAUGCUAUCACCUACAGUAGCCUAUGUGACUGAUUAUCACUCACCACCAUACUAACAGAGAUAAACUCUGACCUUUUGAGGGGUCAAAGGUUGAACCAGACCUCAAGGAGCACCCCCACGGAGUAAAGAUAAACUCUUGCGGAUGACGAUAAAGCCACCCCCGCAAUGUAUGUUAUGUCUCACUGUUUCUCUGGUCAAGAACACUCAUUGAGAUGGUUGAAAUUCUCAAAAGCUACCUUCUUUUGUAUCUUCUGAAAAAAUACGAUAUUUAAAGCUGCAAUAUGUAACUUUUUGGGCGACCUGACCAAAUUCAUUCAGAAAUGUGUGUUAUAGAUCUGUCAUUCUCAUUGAAAGCAAGUCUAAGAAGCGGUACAUCUGGCCUACCUGCGCUAUUUCUAUGCUUCCCGUUAUUGAAGAGAUAUUUCACAGCGGUUUAGAUACAAUGAUUCUCUACACUAUACUUGCUUCUUUGUCACAUAAACUGAAAUUAGGCUAACUAUUCUAAUUUUAGCAACCAGGAAAUGGCAGCGCGAUCUCUGCAUAGUGCAACUUUAAAGGUGCUGUAUGCAACAAUUUCACCUGACAAUAGUAAUAUGUUACCUUAUAUGUGCGGUAAGGAUCGUUGUUGGAGUUGACAUUUAUUACCAGACAAUUACUGAUGUACAGUAUAUAUCCUGCUGGUAGUGUUAGAUAUUAAAGCUGCAAUAUAUAACUUUUCCAUAUUCACAUAGAAAUAUGUGUUAUAGACCUGUCAUUCUCAUCGAAAGCAAGUAUAAGAAGCGGUAUAUCUGUUCUAUGUGCGCUAUUUCUAUCCUUCCCGUUAUUAAGUUUCAUUUAUGCUUUUACAUUCGGUUUUGUACACCAGCUUCAAACAGCUGAAAAUACAAUAUUUUGGGUUAUGGAAAUGAUAUUUCACAGCAGUGUAGAUGGUACAAUGAUUCUCUAAAUUAAGCGAACUAUACUCAUUUUUUACAACCAGGAAAUGGCGGAGCAAUUUUCGCAUAGUGCAUCUUUAAGCUUCUCUGCUCAGCCUUGAUAGUUUGUUAGCUAGUUAGAAUUCAGAAGAGAUUUCACAGAAAUAAGCAGAAGAUGUUCAUGUGUUUGUGUGUGUGUGAUGGCAAGAGACAUUCCUCAUGGUGAAGCAUAGCGUGUGAACUAAUGAGUGUGUGUGUGUGUGUUUAUAUGUGGAUGUGUGUCUGGAUGAAGACGCCCCCCAUUGAGAAUGGAAGCGAGCGUGUCACAGGGGCUAAUUUCGUGCUCUCACACUGGGUCUCAGGGAGCGUUUCCUUAUUAUAGGAGUAUGUGUGCCAACCUAAAGUGCUGUCGGGGAGAGGGUGCGGUUGAGACAUCACUCUUCGGUUCUGAAUGCGACUUCAUCGCAGGGAGAUCACUUCCAUUUAGUCUCAUUGCCUCAGCAAUCAGCAUUCCCCACAGUCAAUGUUUAAAUUUUAAUGCAGGGUGAUAGUGAUAUGAUGAGGGAUAUGCUGUAGAAGCACUUAAGAUGGCACUCAUAUACUCUGGAAAGUGAAUUUGUCAUGGAAGUCUUCAGUCCUGAGGAGGAAAGUGAUGUGCAUGCAAAAGGGAAUGAUGAGAAACCAGCUUUUGUUUGCUACACAUCUCUCACCGAGGUCAUUUAGUCCAGGGUUUCCCAAACUUGAAAUAAGACUACACAAGAACGUACGCUAUAUGCAGGGUCAGCACCAAAUCAAUGUGCAGGGUUACUGGUGAUAAGCUAGGGGGCUGGUGUAAAUGGGUUCUGAGUUAGCUGAUUAAGUUGGUUGACUGGUUGAAAUCAGUCAAUCAAUCAAUCAAAUGUAUUUAUAAAAGCCCUUUUUUACAGUCUUGCAUGAUCUUGCUGUUGUCAGAUUAUGCAAGCUUCUCCUGUUUUCUGCCCUGUAAUUGUUUUUCCUUGAGAAAUGGAAUGGUAUAAUUAGGUUCUCUUUGGCAUAGCUCAACACGCCCACACACACACACACACACACACACACACACAGAGUACACACACUCUCUCCAUACAGCACACGAACAGUCAUACACACUGGCUGAAAGGAUCAUAUUGCCUCAAUCCAUCAGCACAAGCAACACUCAAACUCACUAUACCAUGCACACACUCAUCCACAAAGCUCCAAUUGCCCAUCUCUCGAUAGCUCUGCACUAUGCACGUUCUAGAUCUAUUCCUCUCUCCUUCUGCUUCUCACUCCCCUUCUCUCCAUUCCUUUCCAUCUAGCUCUUCCUUUGUUCUUCCCUUUGUCUCUCAUUCUGCCUCUCUCUUGUUGCUUCCUCUCCCUUCUUCUCUUGUUGCUUCCUCUCUAUUCUUCUCUUGUUGCUUCCUCUCUCUUCUUCUCUUGUUGCUUCCUCUCUCUUCUUCUCUUGUUGCUUCCUCUCUCUUCUUCUCUUGUUGCUUCCUCUCUCUUCUUCUCUUGUUGCUUCCUCUCUCUUCUUCUCUUGUUGCUUCCUCUCUCUUCUUCUCUUGUUGCUUCCUCUCCCUUCUUCUCUUGUUGCUUCCUCUCUCUUCUUCUCUUCCACUUUGUCCUCUUCUUUUCAGCACAGCUUGUCUCUUCUGAUUGCUUGUUGCUCUGCCCUUCGCUUGGAGAGGCUCACUCCCUAUCCUUUCUCCUUUUAAAGCCUCCCUCUCUCUUUGUUUCCCCCUGCUCUCCUCCUCCUCCCCCUGCUCUCCCCUCCUCCUACUCCCCUGCUCUCCUCCUCCUCCCCCUGCUCUCCUCCUCCUCUCCCUACUGUCCUCCUCCUCCCCCUGCUCUCCUCCUCCUACCCAUGCUCUCCUCCUCCUCCUCCCCUGCUCUCCUCCUCCUACCCCUCUUCCUCCUCCUACCCCUGUCUCCCUCCUCCUCCCCCUGCUCUCCUCCUCCUCUCCUACUGUCCUCCCUCUCCUCCCCCUCUCUCCUCCCCUCUCCUCUCCUCCUCCUCUCCCUACUGUCCUCCUCCUCUCCCUCUGUCCUCCUCCUCCCCCCUUGCUCCUCCUCCUACCCGCUCCUCCUCCUCCCCUCUCCUCCUCCUCCCCUACUCUCCUCCUCCUCUCCCUACGUCCUCUCCUCUCCCCCUCUCCCUCCUCCCCUCCCCUCCCUCCUCCCCUACUGUCCUCCCCCUCCCCCUACUCUCCCCCUCCCCUCCUCCCCCUCCUCCUACACUCUUAGAAUUGUUUUUGUGCUAUCUAGAACCUUAAAAGGGUUAUUUGGCUGUCCCCAUAGGAUAACCCUUUUUGGUUGCAGGUAGAAUCCUUUUGGUUCCAGGUAGAACCCUUUUGGGUUCCAUGUAGAAUCCUUUCUACAGAGGGUUCUACAUGGAACCCAAAAGGGUUCUACCUGGAACCAGAAAGGGUUCUCCUAUGGGAACAGCCGAAGAACCCUUUUGGAACCCUUUUUUCUAAGAGUGUACUACCUACCUAUCUGCAUAGAAAUUGAACCUAAGCCUGGCCCAGAUCGAUCGGCUUAUCUGGCAUGGAGCGUGACGUAUACCUUGACCAUAAACAGGGAGUUUUGUUGAACAACAGCAUAACAUCCCACCACUGCCACCAAUUGUUGGCUAAUAACUCAUUUUUAAUACUCUCUCACUCAUAUACGUUCUGCACUCACUCAAAAUCAGAAUAUUCCCUAUUGUCUACUGCAGCUUUACCUUUGUUCCUGCUGAUAUGCAUCUGUUCUGUGGUUUCCAUGGAGAUGAAUUGCUUCCGUGAGCCCACAACAUGAGGUUUUUAUUUUCCGGACCCAAGGUAGUAGAUUUGAUUGAAUGAAGUUGGGUGUUUUUUUCUUCCACCUGUACGACUGAGUAAAGGAGAUUAGGGAGUAUGGAGAGCUCUGUUAUUUUAAGGUAGACCGUCUCGCAUCUCAAUGACAUCAUGUCAGAAAUGUUCACAUUUGAACUGUAGUGUAUCCAACGACAGUCUUUUCUGGGUAUAUGUUUUUUUGGGGAGGGGGCAAUUAAGUUCCUGCUCAACUGUUCUUGAUCCACUAUUAGCUCAAGUGCUGUCUCAAUAUCUCUCUUGAGUUUUAAACACUCAGAUGCCAGUUUGCAUAGCAUCAGUCUCUUUCUGAAGAACAGAGGCAGCCCAUUAAGUUGAUUUCAUCCCUAAGCUGCCUUUGCUGUCAACAGAAUGGUGAUGGAGGCCCAUGCAGAGUGUGCAAGCGCAUCCAAAUAGAACCAAUGUACUGGACGUAUACUAACGCUGCGCUUGUACUAACCACAAAUCACAUCAUUGGUCCCCAUCUCUACUGUGAUGUCACCUUUGCCCCCUUAGCCUUAGAAACAAGCGCCUAAUAGAGCCAUGUCAUUCUCUCUGGCAAUGCUCACCGUAUUCACUGUCAUUUUUAAUGGCCGACUUUCUCAUGGACACUCAGAGGAAAUGGGAUUUGGUUCAAAAGGCCCCGUAGCUGGAGUCUGAGCAUAGAGCUCAUUCUAACGUUGGAAGAUGGUUGAGUUGAAGUCGUGGACUCGUGGUGCUGUUGAUUGGCCAUUUGUCAGGAACUCAUAAGAAAAAUUAUAGUUUAUCAGAACAUACCUAGGUUUUAACAAAUGCAGUUGACUCCUGAUAAAUGCAAUUGCUUGGAAUGGUUGUGACAGCAUGCACUAAACUGGUGCAUGCAGAUAUCAGGAGUAAUAACAGAGCUGUAACAGAAUAUGCACUUGUUAACAGUGCACAUGGUGUUAACAUUUAUGAUGUAUUGAUGUUCUUUCUUGGAAUGUAACUUUCUUAAUCAGCUUUACUAUUAGUUGACUGUAAGUGUUACGGAUCCCCCCGGUACUGCUGCUCAUUCCGUUCACCAGUUCCGGAGGUCUACGUCACCGGCUUUUUAGGCGUCACUGACAUGGAUCAUUACUCCUUUCAUCUCUCUCUCUCCCACACUCUCUCCCACUCCUUGCAUGGAUUAACUCCACUGACUAAUAAUGGCUACGCUCCUUUGACCACUCUACCCUGCUCUCCUAACCCCCUGCUAUCCCCCACUCUCCCCUGCUCCCCGCCCCCCCGUGUCACAUAUAGGUCUACCGUGUCACAUAUAGGUCUACCGUGUCACAUAUAGGCCUACCGUGUCACAUAUAGGCCUACCGUGUCACAUAUAGGUCUACCGUGUCACAUAUAGGUCUACCGUGUCACAUAUAGGUCUACCGUGUCACAUAUAGGCCUACCGUGUCACAUAUAGGCCUACCGUAUCACAUAUAGGCCUACCGUGUCACAUAUAGGUCUACCGUGUCACAUAUAGGCCUACCGUGUCACAUAUAGGCCUACCAUGUCACAUAUAGGCCUACCAUGUCACAUAUAGGCCUACCGUGUCACAUAUAGGUCUACCGUGUCACAUAUAGGCCUACCGUGUCACAUAUAGGUCUACUGUGUCACAUAUAGGUCUACCGUGUCACAUAUAGGCCUACCAUGUCACAUAUAGGCCUACCGUGUCACAUAUAGGUCUACCGUGUCACAUAUAGGUCUACCGUGUCGGCGUGGGUCCGAUUCCGGCCCACACCUGUCUGGCACAAAUAACUCAAUCCCCUGCUUGACUAGAUUUAUUUCCACAUUUCAAAUAUGGACAGUCCUGGGAUAUUUUAUGGAUCUUGAUAAGAAAUAACCAUAUCAGACACUUUGGAUAAAAUAAAUAGGAAACAAAUCAAAUAAUAACAAUAGACUACAUCAACAUUAGUUUCCAUUCAUACAAAGUGUCGAGUAAAUUAACACAGUAGAUUUCCAAUGGUAAACAAUUAAAUCCUUUAUUUGUAUUGUACGGAAUGCUUGUCAACAUCUGCAAAUCUGUGUACGCGACCAAUAAACUUUGAUUUGAUUUGGAUUUUGGUUGCCACCAGGAUUAAGGUAACACAGACAUCAUCUUUUAGGGAGUGGUAAUGAGGUGACCAAUAAUGGUUGCAAUUGAGAUCAGCUGUGCGGGUUAAUUUAGCGAGUAUUGAUGGUUUAACAAGACAUCAGCUAGUGAUAAUCUUAGUGCCAUCGAUGGUUGCAAUAGGCCCCUUGUUAUUUGAUUAUAUUCCAAUAGGCUACAUUCUGUAGGCUACCAGUUAGCCUAUCCAUUGUGACAUCAUGAAAGGUGUGAAAACCGAUAAUCGGCUACUGUUUGUUUCCCUGGCUGAGUUGAUUUGGGCCAUCAGUUGAUUGACAGAUGUAGGCCCGCCUACUGUAGAACGAUAAACUUUCUUCCAGAGUGGAUGCUCGUCUACGUUUUAUAGUUAGGCUAUGUAUAAUUUCUCAAUUUAGUUCUGGUCUUUGGUGUGGCUUUAAUAUUUCAUUUCGUAAAGCUGACAAGAUGUUUAUGCAUUUGAGCCUAUCCAGGUAAUUGAGCUGAGACACUUUUCUUUGAUAUGUAAAUUAUCAUGAAAACAUUGAAAUAUAUGCAAUUAACUUGUGGGCCUACUGUAGGCUCAGGCUGGUCACUACAUCGCCCAGCACAGGGCGCAAACUCCUGAGGCUCUGCGCCCGAAGCGCGCUGCUUCGACCACUGCGCUACAGCAGUUCACAAUGCUCUAGCAAGCACAAUGUUCCAACAUCUAGUGGAAAACCUUCCCAGAAGAGUGGAGGGUGUUAUAGCAGCAAAGGGGGGACCAACUCCAUAUUAAUGCCCAUGAUUUUGGAAUGAGAGGUUCUUUUGGCCAUGUAGUGUAUGUCAAUUUAUUAUAAUCCACAUAAGAAUUCACAUGAGACGUUCUGUAGCCGGCACAAGGUACAAUGUAAGUAUGGUACUGCACUGUGUAUACAAACACCGCUUCCAGCUGCCCCCUGGUGGCCAUUCUAAAUAUUUAUUCAGAUAUUGAAAUCCUCCUGCUGCAGGAUUAUUUUCCUUCUGCGACGAAAGGGGUCAAAUUAAGAUCCGACAUCUGUAGUUCUAGGUCUGACGAUGGUAGUAGUUAACCCGCCAGCUACACAGACCUGCACAUUUUAUUUUCACGUGGUCCUUUCCAGUACAGUGUCAGCAACUAUGGUGGAUGUGUAACCAGGCCGGGGCAGUACAGCUCAGCUCUGGUUGGCUGUUUACGCACAAUAUAGGGGGGAAACACAGCUAUGGUAAACCAGGAUGGCAUAGAGACGUAUGGAGUUAUAUUAGUUGCACCAGAAAUCGAAUCUGAAUUUCUUCAUUUUGAAUUUGUGUUAAGAAAUAUACUUUCUGUUGGCACUAAAAUCACUCCAUAGAGGGGUUUCAUUAUUCAUACUCUCUACCUUUUAUUUAGGCUUUUGUAUGUAUAUACAUAUUAUCUUUAAAUUAUUAAGAUGAGCAGGACUACACAUAGCAUUUCACUCCCAGGAGAUGUAAGUUAUUUCAGCGACUGAAUAACAUAUGAAGCAGUCAAUACUGUUGGAAACUAGGGCUGGUACAGAUUAGCAUAGUCAACUGCACUAAUCAACAUUGUUAGAUGUGGUCCAUUAACAACCAUGUAAACCUAAUGUUACCUCAGAUGUAACAGCCUCUCCCUGUAAAUACAUAAUAACAAAGUGAUCAAUGUCUGUCUUGUGUGUUGUCUUUUUGUCAAGUUUUUAUUCUUCUAACAAUCUCCUUUUCUCUGUUUUCUGUCUGCAGUCACUGAAAAAGAGGUACAACAAUGGUAAGUUUCUCUCAUUGGGCUCCCGAGUGGCGCAGCGGUCUAAGGCACUGCAUCUCAGUGCUUGAGGCGUCACUACAGACCCCCUGGUUCGAUUCCAGGCUGUAUCACAACCGGCCGUGAUUGGCAGUCCCAUAGGGCGGCGCACAAUUGGCCCAGCGUCGGCCGGUGUAGGCCAUCAUUGUAAAUAAGAAUUUGUUCUUAACUGACUUGCCUAGUUAAAUAAAGGUAAAAAAAUAAAAUAAAUUGUCACAGCUAACAAUUAAGUCAACCUCAUUUAGCAAAUUCUGCAUUAUACUUGUGUACAGUCAGUCAACAACAAUGCAAUACAGCUGUGAGAACUGCAGGUUCAGCCGCAGAGCUGCACUGCACCCCUGGAGCAGGUUAGGGGUUAAGUGCCUUGCUCAAGGGCACAACAGCUGUAGGUGCAUUAUAGUCGGCACCAGAACGCAAUGGCACUCUGUUCUGUCGAUUUUGCAUCGACCAUAUUUGUGGAACGCUAAAACUUUCAGCAGACUCCUACAGUGUUUAUGUUACAGCAACCGUCCUGUUCAGCCUUCGUUGCCAUGGACACCCAAUGCAUCACUGGGUUUUCAUAACCACAUCUUGAAAUAGAAGGCACUUUGUAAGGCUUUACAGCUUUCAAAGUACUGUAGCUGAUGCCUCUUGAGUUGAAUUUGGACAGACACCGUCCUUUGAAUGAAACGUUAAAUUGAGGUGGUUGGUAAAGAUCCUGUGACAUCGCAAAAGAAUGGGUGUCCUUUCUAAAUGUCAUACCUGGCCCUUCACAGUAAUGUAGUAUCAUUGUCCUAUAAUUAUCCCAUGCCUCAAAUAAGCUAAAUCACUGCUUUCUCCUCCACUAUGAUGUGUGGUGAGCGCUCGGUCACAAAAUGGCUGUCUUGUUUCACCCAAUUUGGCGUUGGAUGGGUUGACUUCUAUCCCUAUAUAGUGGGGGUGGAAAACACUGUGAAACCUAGUAAGAAGGGCUUGAUGAAAACAAUCCAUCAUUGGCUGUCCUCUGACGUAUGGUGGUGGGCUGGCCGGGCUCUGUGCCCAGACUCAGUGUGUUGGCUGAGGUGUCAGGCCACACACAUAUGUACGUGGGCCAGGUACCACAACAGAGCCCAGUGGCACAGCUCUCUCCUGCCUGAGGCUUUGCUGGCACCGCCACCAGUCGGGGCAGCUGCAGACAUAACCUCGCUAGACCCGCCUGGCCCUCAUCCUGUAGCCAGAGGGCCACACCCUGACAAGCUGCUGCCGUGGUAGCUGUGUACCACAACCCUGUUGUUAUCUCCUCAUAGUCAUUAUAACCUCUGGCUAGUCUCUGGGGUUACGAAGGUAGUCCCGUGUCCUGAUGUUGAGGACAGCUUUGAUACACUGCCAAUGUUUUUCUAAAUGUCACCCCUUUCCAUUUCAGCUAAAUUAUGGUGAGGCUUCCGAUUGGUUACCCGUUUUGCCGGUCGUCAGCCUCAUUAUUAUAUUUAGGCAGAACUCACUGUUUUUAUGAAAAGUAAAACAUGCACGAUUGGACAUACGACAACUUAAAUAUGUAAAAAUAUCAGUGAGGAUUGAGUGAAGUUUACAGACACCUACAAUGCGUUGAAGCUGGCCGCAAGAGCAGAACACAAGAGAUGUGGUGUCGCAAAAGCAGCUAAACAUUUAUGUUCGACAUAGCCAAUUGAAACAAAGGACGUUUCUGUCACAACAAAUCACCUCAGACCCAGACCAGUGCAAGACUAUUUCUGAUUUCCAAAUACUUUGCUGCUUGUGCCAAGUUCCGUGGCUUACUCUCUUGUGGCGCCCCGUACACACCACAGAUGGAGAGCUGUUGACACUGGGCCGAGUGCCCACUCUGAUAAAAAACUUAUUAAGAACCGUGGAGAGACAUGUUACUGAAUGAAAUGACAUGUAGACUCAAAGGAGGAAGAAAAGUCUGAAGGAGAAGGCGAGACAGAAAAUGACAGAAAAUGCUGCAAAGCGCAUACUGAAAAGUUUACAGCAAAUGCCUUAAAGCUUACUCUGAUCCGCUCCCCAGUCCCCACUCAUGCCUCUGUCAUGCCCAUGUCCCCAGUCAUGCCCAAGUCAUGCCCCUGUCAUGCCCCUGUCCCCAGUACCUAGUCAUGCCCCUGACCCCAGUUAUACCUUUGUGAGUUGGGCUAGACUGAAAUGUGUUUGUCUCUCUCUAUAGCUGCAAAAAGGCCUACGAGAGCUUCUAUCACAGCUCAAAGAUCACACUGUGAGAGGAAGCCAUUGGAAAGACAACACACACACACACACAAACUUCUCCGCCCGCCACCAACCACAAUACCCUGCCGAUCCCUCUGCCUCGCUUGUGUUCUUUUAAGUGAUUUUGCAUCACCCCGUGCUGUGAAGAUUCUCCCCCACAGCGUUCACAGUGCUAGCUAGCUGACAUGAAUAGAGGCGAGCGAGCGAUUUCAAAUCACAAUGCCAGGGGAUUGUUCUGUCUGCCGAGUAGGCAAACAACACAUCAAGCGGUAAUAAAACGGGGGCUGUCGCUGUCAUCCACUAGUGAGCCUACAGCUCACAUCCUUGUGUGGGAGCACAGUAUCAGUCCCUCAUCUCUUCCUUGUUCAGAUACAGAUACAGUGUGUGAAAGUCAAAGAAAACUGAACAGUGUGGGUAAACUGAAAGGCUUUGGAUGAAAAACUCUGUGGUCUUUCUCAAGGCUUGGUGUAGUUUUGUUUGAGUAGCAGUAAGGUAAGAGUGCCUGGAGUUUGAUAAACGGCAUUGGCACUUGGCUUGGAACCGGUGCUAUGGUGACAUGAAAAUAGAGCUCCACGCCAGUGGUGGGUUUGGCGUAGAAAAAUAGAAGCGUAUGCAGAAAAGUACCUCAUACCUACAGUUAAAAUAUGGUGGUGGAUCUUUGAUGUUAUGGGGCUAUUUUGCUUCCACUGGUCCUGGGGCCCUUGUUAAGGUCAACGGCAUCAUGAACUUUACCAAGUGCCAGGACAUUUUAGCCAAAACCCUGGUUGCCUCUGCCAGGAGGCUGAAACUUGGCCACAAGUGGCUCUACCAGCAAGAUAAUAACCACAAGCACCAAUCAAAAUCCACAAAGAAAUGGUUAAUUUACCACAAAAUCAGCAUUUUGCAAUGGCAAUCUCAGUCUCCGGACUUGAACCCCAUUGAAAACCUGUGGUUUGAAUUGAAGAGGGCAGUCCAUAAGAACAAACAAACGAUAUCAAGGAUCUGAAAAUAUUCUGUAUGGAGGAAUGGUCUAAGAUCCCUCCUAACGUGUUCUCCAAACUGAUAAAACAUUUUAGAAAAAGGCUCAGUAUCAUGCUAGAGUAUUGAAAAAAGGGGUGCAGGCCUCCCGAGUGGCGCAGCAGUCUAAGGCCCUGCAUCGCAGUGCUUGAGGUGUCACUACAGACCCAGGUUUGAUCCCAGGCUGUGUCGUGACCGGGAGUCCCAUAGGGCGGCGCACAAUUGGCCCAGCGUCGUCCGGGUUAGGGGAGGGUUUGGCCGGGGGCCUUAACUUGACUCAUCGCGCUCUAGCGACUCCUUGUGACGGGCCGGACGCCUGCAGGCUGACUCGGUCGUCAGUGUUUCCUCCGCCACAUUGGUGCAGCUGGCUUCCGGGUUAAGCGGGCGGGUGUUAAGAAGGUUUGGCGGGUGAUGUUUUGGAGGACGCAUGACUUGACCUUCGCCUCUCCUGAGCCCGUUGGGGAGUUGCAGCGAUGAGACAAGAUCGAAAAAUACAAAAGGGGUGCUAAUAAUUUUUGAGAAUAGUUUUUAUACUUAUUAAACAAAAUCUAUUUCUCUGAGCAAUUGUAUUAGUAUUAAAUAAUAUCAUUUCCCAACUUUUUUGAGCAUACAAUAUAGCUCAGUAUUUAUUUAUUUAUUAUUAUAUACAGUAUUUCUUUGCUUCUUUUCUUUUAAAUAUUUCUUCGUAGUUUAUUUCAGAAAAAUUCAAAAUAUCAAAUAUUUGAUGUAUUUAUUAUGCCUCCUUCCAAGCAGACACAGCUCUUAUCAGUGUGUUACUUGAUAGCAGGACAUUCAUUAUCAGAUCUUUCCAGCAGGCCUUAGGGAGCCUUACUUUGGGAAUGAGUUUCAUCAGUCACACUGAAUGCAGUAAUUGUUCCAUUCAUCGAUUCACCUCACCUGUUUUCUCUCCUCCCUCCCCUCUUCCUGGGCAUCCCCCUCUCCUUCCUUUCCCCAUUCCUCCCUCCAUCCACCCCCAGGUAUAAGGGUUUUAUUAAGGACUGUCCUAGUGGUCAGUUGGAUUCAGCUGGCUUCCAGAAGAUUUACAAGCAAUUCUUCCCCUUUGGUGACCCCACCAAGUUCGCCAGCUUCGUCUUCAAUGUGUUUGACGAGAACAAGGUAACAGGCUGCCUGCGGAAUGCAUUUAUGUUCAUUUUAUAUUCUUAGAAGCCAGGACAACAGUAAACCAAUUAACAACCUUACUGGCUUAGUGUAUGAAAGGACAUCACUUAACAUCCCUUAUCAAAUGCUUGGAUUGGGUUCCAUUGCAUAACUGAAAUGGUUACAGUGAGGGAAAAAAGUAUUUGUUCCCCUGCUGAUUUUGUACGUUUGCCAACUGACAAAGACAUGAUCAGUCUAUAAUUUUAAUGGUAGGUUUAUUUUAACAGUGAGAGCCAGAAUAACAACAAAAAAAUCCAGAAAAACGCAUGUCAAAAAUGUUAUAAAUUGAUUUGCAUUUUAAUGAGGGAAAUACGUAUUUGACCCCUCUGCAAAACAUGACUUAGUACUUGGUGGCAAAACCCUUGUUGGCAAUCACAGAGGUCAGACAUUUCUUGUAGUUGGCCACCAGGUUUGCACACAUCUCAGGAGGGAUUUUGUCCCACUCCUCUUUGCAGAUCUUCUCCAAGUCAUUAAGGUUUCGAGCCUGACGUUUGGCAACUCAAACCUUCAGCUCGCUCCACAGAUUUUCUAUGGGAUUAAGGUCUGGAGACUGGCUAGGCCACUCCAGGACCUUAAUGUGCUUCUUCUUGAGCCACUCCUUUGUUGCCUUGGCCGUGUGUUUUGGGUCAUUGUCAUGCUGGAAUACCCAUCCACGACCCAUUUCAAUGCCCUGGCUGAGGGAAGGAGGUUCUCACCCAAGAUUUGAUGGUAUAUGGCCCCGUCCAUCGUCCCUUUGAUGCGGUGAAGUUGUCCUGUCCCCUUAGCAGAAAAACACCCCCAAAGCAUAAUGUUUCCACCUCCAUGUUUGACGGUGGGGAUGGUGUUCUUGGGGUCAUAGGCAGCAUUCCUCCUCCUCCAAACACGGCGAGUUGAGUUGAUGCCAAAGAGCUCGAUUUUGGUCUCAUCUAACCACAACACUUUUACCCAGUUCUCCUCUGAAUCAUUCAGAUGUUCAUUGGCAAACUUCAGACGUGCCUGUAUAUGUGCUUUCUUGAGCAGGGGGACCUUGCGGGCGCUGCAGGAUUUCAGUCCUUCACGGCAUAGUGUGUUACCAAUUAUUUUCUUGGUGUCUAUGGUCCCAGGUGCCUUGAUAUCAUUGACAAGAUCCUCCUGUGUAGUUCUGGGCUGAUUCCUCACCGUUCUCAUGAUCAUUGCAACUCCACAAGGUGAGAUCUUGCAUGGAGCUCCAGGCCGAGGGAGAUUGACAGUUCUUUUGUGUUUCUUCCAUUUGCGAAUAAUCACACCAACUGUUGUCACCUUCUCGCCAAGCUGCUUGGCGAUGGUCUUGUAGCCCAUUCCAGCCUUGUGUAGGUCUACAAUCUUGACCCUGACAUCCUUGGAGAGCUCUUUGGUCUUGGCCAUGGUGGAGAGUUUGGAAUCUGAUUGAUUGAUUGCUUCUGUGGAGAGGUAUCUUUUAUACAGGUAACAAACUGAGUUUAGGAGCACUCCCUUUAAGAGUGUGCUCCUAAUCUCAGCUCUUUGCCUGUAUAAAAGACAUCUGGGAGCCAGAAAUUUUUCUGAUUGAGAGGGGGUCAAAUACUUAUUUCCCUCAUUAAAAUGCAAAUCAAUUUAUAACAUUUUUGACGUGUUUUUCUUGAGUUAUUUGUUGUUAUUCUGUCUCUCACUGUUCAAAUAAACCUAACAUUAAAAUUAUAGACUGAUCAUUUCUUUGUCAGGUGGCAAACGUACAAAAUCAGCAGGAGAUCAAAUACUUUUUUUCCCUCACUGUAUGUCAUGGCUAAUGUACUGGUCCUCUGUAGCGCAGUUGGUUGAGCAUGCCACUUGCACUAUGGGUUUGAUUCCCGGGACCACCCAUACACAAAAGCUGUAUGCAAGCAAGACUGUAAGUUUCUUUGGAUAAAAGCGUUUGCUAAAUGGCUUUAAUUGUUUUUUUGCUUGCAUUGAGUGUCCUCGCUGUCUGCAGUCAUUUCCAUUGAGAAGCCAGACUCGUUUUUUUGUCUGUUAUCUUUCCUAGAGCCAUUUGUGAGAUUAGAUUGAAUGGUUGGUCUCUGUCACUCUUCAGUGGAGAAAAUAGCUCCCCUACUUCCCUGUGCUCUACUUCUUCCCUUCACUCUCUUUCCUUCCUUUUGUUCAUUCUCUUGUACUUACAUCUCCCUCUCUCCUUCUGUUUCUCUGCAGGAUGGACGUAUUGAGUUUGCAGAGUUCAUCCAGGCCCUGUCAGUCACCUCCAGAGGGACCCUGGAUGAGAAGCUCAGAUGUAAGCCUGGAGAAAAUAUCCUAGGGCCUAAGCUUUAGCUCAGCAGGCUAGCACAGUCUUGUGGCGUGCAGUCGACCCGGGUUCAAACCCAGUCGGUCACAGCAUUAAAAAUGACACACCAAUUCCCUCUUUCUCUCUCUCCCUCCUCCCUGUCCUGUUCUCUCACUGCCUUGUACUACCAUUUCCAACCUUUGACCUAGCCAUGCUGGAUCUGCAUCACCAAGGUGCUCUCUAACCUUCCCAGACACCUGUAUGUGGUCACAGCUGUCGUUGUACCUGAACAGCAGGGAUAACAGGAAUAAACGCUAUGUAUGCAGAAUGUCGAGCUAUACUGACACUUUUUCACACAUGCAUGCAGAUCCUCCCUCACUGUCACACACACACACAAACACCCCUGCAUGCCUCAGGUCUUUAGCAGGAGUUGAUCCACUGCUGACAGUUGUUGAUGCAUUAAUUGGCUAACAGUUCGAGAGGUGUUAGGAUGCAUUUCAAUCGAAGUGAAAUUAAGUGUCACCUUUCUGUAUAUAUUAGCAGUCCUAAGGAAUAUAUAAAAAGUUUUCUCUGUGUGCUGUUUUCAUGGCUUUUGCAGGGGCCUUCAAGCUUUACGACCUGGAUAACGACGGUUACAUAACUCGGGAUGAGAUGUUGAAUAUUGUGGAUGCCAUUUACCAGAUGGUGGUAAGUCCUCCCUCGGAUGUCUCAGUAUCAAAUAUUCAGCUUUGAUCUAUUCUCGUAAUUUUGUUGAUGGGGACGGAGCAUCAUAAUCAGUAUUUCAAUGGGAAAGUCUGGUUGUUAAUCUUAAUUGAGCCAUUCUGGGACAGUUUAGAUGAUACCUUGUAGUGUUUAGCCUUUAAAGAAACAUUCAGUAAUUUCCUGCAGGUAAUUGAGGCAUUUAUGUGUGUGCGUAUGUGUUUUUUUGCGCGCAGCCGCGCGUACAGGGGAACACGGUGGGUACAAUGUCAAUAUAAUUUACCAAGGACCUCUUUUUGGUUUUAUUUGCAGCUAUGGGCAGCGCUCCGGGCUUAUGGUGUUCCAUGGGGAACAGAGCUAACUACGAAUCCUGUAAAAAACAAAACUAUGCUCAUUGGAUUCAAUCCGAUCUCGCUUUGUCAGCUUUGCACCUUUUAAAGGCAAUGUUCCUGGGUUCACGGUAAACGCUGCAUACGUCGGCUCAAUCUGAAAUUAGGCCUACCUUUAAAUGUCAAGCGUGCUAUAACACAGCUCUACCGCUGAUCGGAUUGAAUCCCGGCCUUAGUCUAUAAAUGAUAUACAUACCUUCUGACAGCCACAAAUAAACCUCUAUCCCUUAACACACAAUGGUGUAGGGAUCUAUCCUUACCAGACUGGCAUCAACUGGUGCUCGGUCUGUUCCAACAUCUCACUAUCAUCAAGAAAUCACAAUCAUCAGAUGACCUAUUUUGAUUUCAUACAUCGACUAUACACCACACCCCGUAAAAUAUUUCAAAUGAAAAUAAUUCCCAUUCCAAAUUGUUUGCUCUGCCCCCAUGGUGCCCAAGUCACUUUUUUGCAUAGAGGUCUCCUCAUUUUGGAAUCAGGUUUCGAUGUCUAUCCACCAUUGUUGCAAAAAAAUAUUCCCUUUUCACCAACAACACUACUGUCAAUCAUUGUUCUUCCAUGGCUCUUACUGUUUGUGAAAAGCGAAUAUGUCUUGCUGGACUUACAGCACCGCAAAAGCUUAUUGCUUUACUUUGGCAGGAGCUUCACUCUCUGCCAAGGCGUCAAUGUGUGCUUUCAUUUAUGAACAUUGCAAGCUGGAUCUUUCUGUGUCCCGCAUGCAUGGUGCUAAAGAGGCAAAUGUUGAGUUAUUAAUUUCUGUUGUUAAAAAAAGAGAAUUGUUAUGAUCUGCAAUUUGUGAUAUUUCCUGAAAACAAGGUCCUGUGAGGGUGGGGUGGAUGUUUUGUUUUUGUCUUAACUGUUGUAUUUUGUCUGUGUUACCAUGCAUAUGUUAAAUUAAAUUUAAAAAAACAUUUGGUCACAAAAAAAGGGGAACACGGUGGAGUUGCCUGAGGAAGAAAACACACCAGAGAAGAGAGUGGACCGAAUCUUUGCCAUGAUGGACAAGGUAGAGUAAACCCAUCACACACACACACACCUGUCUAAUGCAUGGGAAAUAUAGGCCAACGGCUCCAAUGUAUCUUCUUAGCCUGCUCAGUAGGAUACAUGUGCCCUGUGCGGCUGGCACUGCUCACUUAGAAGGCCUGUUUUCAGUCGGAAAACUCUGAUGCCCCCCUCAAGGAGGCACUAGCUAGCCCAAGCCCUGAGGCUUUUUGUCAGAUAGACUCCUUAUCAAACCCAAUGGAGAGUUAGAUACUCUCUCAAGAGGCAUUCGGAACUGGGCCAGACCAACGCUGACUGAUGCGGUUGUAUAAGGGUGCAGUAAAUAGGCUAUACAUUAUGCUGAGACUUAGGUCUGAUGAAGAGUGCCCUCUACUGGUUUAAAGAUUGAACAGCAAUCCAGCCAUUAUCCAUUCAGUAAUAUGUGAUUUAAAUAAAGUAUUAUUAAAAUGUGAGGAUUUGUCGUUUUUCAGAACGCAGACGGAAUGUUGACCCUGCAGGAAUUCCAGGAGGGCUCCAAAGCAGACCCCUCCAUCGUCCAGGCUCUAUCGCUGUACGACGGGCUGGUGUAG